GUCAGAAAAACCCCUCGGAGAGGAUUGCUGGUCUUCGUCAUGGGCUGGAGGACACAUGACCGAAUCUUAGAAGGAAAAUCAAAUGUGCAAUUGCAUUAUUUCGACGGAAUAAAAAGAAAGAAGGUUUUGGAGAGGUUGACUUGGACAAUCUUGGAAGGGAAGAGAUAAUAUGACAAAUUGGCUUGAAAGAAGAACCAUCACCCAUACCUCACCGUCGAUUCAUCUGCUAAGCUCUACUAUCACCAAAGUAGCAAUCUAUGUCCAUAAAGAGACUUACCAUGACUGGACUAGCUCCAAACUUCUUUGAACUACAUUCCACAUUAUACGCGUCCCCAAGCCCCAAUAUUGUACUCCAAGAACCGCACAUGCUGAACAUCUCCGCCCCUCGGCAUCGCGUCAAUACUCUACGCACCUUCCCAUAUGACGACCCUCCGAGAUUCCAUGCCCGAUAUUCGUAAUGCCCAGCUCGCCCCGGAUUGACUUACCUGGGAAACCUGGGGAAUUCCAAAACCUGUGCCUGCGGGGAUGUUCCCUGAAGGAGAGAAACGGCCGGCAAGAGAGAAACGGCUGGCAAUCAAGUGCACUACCUAGGCAUCUCGUGAAUCAGGCCACACACAGCGAGGUACCUGCAUUGCCAUGUGAAGAGCAACUGGUUCCGUGUAGGGAGGUUGUCAUGUUCUGGGAUGUGGGAGAGAGCAGA